AUGGCUUCGUCAAACCCACCGAAGGUUUCAGCUCUUCAGAAAAUUGUCCAGAAUCAUCUGGAGUGUGGUAUUUGCUAUGAGCAAUAUACUGAUCCCAGAGUUCUUGACUGUCUGCACAGCUUCUGUAAAACCUGUUUGCAGAAAUACCAGUCUACCAACUACAAAGAUGCUACGAUGCUUAUUUGUCCCGUGUGUCGAAAAAAGACAAAACUUCAUCAGAAAGAUGUUCAAGCUCUCAAGACUAACUUCAACAUAACUGGUCUUGCAGAUCAACUGAAGCUGGUCAGCUUAUCUGAAGACAACCAUUGGGUUUGUAAACUAUGUAAGUACAAAAAUGAGGCAACUCAUUUCUGUUUUGACUGCCCUGCGAUAUUUUGUGCAAACUGCUACAAAGUGCACCAGAAAAGCCACACAGUAAACACUUUGAAAGACAUAAGUGAUGGGAAGAUUGCAAGCAAAGACAGAAAACCAAAACGCCGUCCAGAAUGCCAAACUCAUGAAGGUGAAGUGAUGUGGUUCUACUGUACAACAUGUGAUGUGAUGAUUUGCCAAGUUUGUACUGUCAUAGAUCACUGUAAACCACAACAUGAGUAUAUUGACUGCAACCAAGCCUCAUCCACAUACAAACAGUCAUUGGCUCAACUCUUUACUCCCCUUGAAGAAACCAUGAAGAAGCUUGAACAAUCUCAAGCAACUGCCUCAACAAUGAAAGACAACCUAAACAUUGCAGCUAAGAGAACCAUGGCAGAGGUGAAGAAAAGAGCUGAUGAGAUCAGGGCUGAGGUAACAGCUCAAGAAAGACGCAUCAUGGAUGAAAUACAAACGAUCCUUAAAGAUCGCAGCAGGAAAUUGGAGGAAUUUGAGCAAGCAGUGAGGGUAAACUUGCAGCAAAUACAGCAAUCAUUGCAGAACGCCAAAGAUGUCAGCAAGAAUUCAUUAGCUCCUGACUUCCUUGCAGUCUAUUCUACUAUCAGUCAGGACUUGAAGGGACUCAGAGAUCAAAAUCAACCCAAGAUAGAUUUGACCCUUUCCCAUCUGAGAUUCACCCCAGGGGUUUGUGACAUCUCCCUCGGUAAUCUGAUUAAGGAGCCAAGGUGGGAGCUUUGUUUGGAGUAUGAUAAAGGAAUCAAUGGGGCUGUGGGUAUUGACGCCUCUAUUCCUGGGGAUGAGAUGGCAGUGGCAAAUUACGGGAAUAGCAGAGUGGUAAUCUACGACACUACGGGACACCAGAAGAAAACUAUCGACCUACCACGAGGUCCAUUCGCUGUUGCUGCAUUCAAGAAUCAGUUAGUGAUUGUAGAUGGGACCAACCCUGUCAAGAUGUACAAUAGGAAUGGCAACAAGAUGUUUGAAUUCCACACAGUGCCUCAUAGUGAGGUGGGCAAGACAACAGUAUACCUCCGCAGUGUAGCAGUCAUAAAGGAUACAAUCAUGGUCGGGGAUUGGAAGAGGUCAGUUAUAACUAAACACAGAUCCAGUGAUGGUUCACUCAUUGACACUGUUACAGUUCAGACUAAACCUUGGUACUUGGCCAUUGACAGCAAGGACAGAGUUGUAGUCAGUGGGAGCAGUCAACAACAAGUAGACAUUGUUGGAGUUGAUGGUGGUACACUUGUUAGCAUCAAUCCAAAGAUCAAUAGUCAACCAGUUGGAUACUGCGGAGGUGUAUGCUGUGACAGCUCAGCUAUCUAUAUUGCAGUGAGCAAUGGGGUAGGCACUGGUCAUAUUCAUCGGUAUGACACUCGGGGUAGAUUUCUCAGCUGUAUUGCUCAGGGUCUGUACAACCCAUGGGGAAUCUCAUUGACAUCAGAUGGUCAGCAGCUUGCAGUGGCAGACAACAAAUCAGUGAAGAUUUAUAACAAGGUGGAAUGUUAACUGAUUAUGAUGAUACUGGUAAGAGAAAUAAAUGCUACAAGUACAACAUGUACAUUGACAUGUAAUGACCACAGAGUGUCCAGACAGCUCAAUAAAAAUCAAUCAAGAAUU